AGUGCCGGCAGCCAGCUGAGAUCACUAGUUUUAAUCGUAGCGGAAAGAUGGCCAGUGAAUUAGAAAUAAACUGGUCCACCUUUCUACCUUCUUUGUAAUGCCCUAAACAACAUCGACCUGACAAGACUGUACGGGUAUGUACGGCUGUUCAUAUUAUUCUACUAAUGGCGUCGUCACUAUUGCUUGAUACUGUGCUUCAAUGAUAUUUAGAGAUGACAUUUUUAAAAUUUUAACGACAACGUCACAAGCAAAAAGUUUUCACUUUAAUUUGUUUAUUGGAAACAAAUACAACGCUGAUGUGGCAUGCAUAUGUAAAAAGCCCCACAAAAACAAGGUGCCUCUUGGGUUAUCGCAUUGACCUACUAGUUAAUAUUUUACGUGGAACUUAAUAGGCCGUGUUUAAGCAUCAACAAGGAUCACCUGACUAGCGCGUGACCAGUUGUUUUGAAAUACGUGACUGUUAGGAUCAAACAGGUCUUCCUUGACUAACCCAUGUAUGGGCACGUCGGCAGAACGUAAGCAGAGCACCAGCACCAAAGACGUAAUGUAUUGUGCAUUUUACUUCGGCAGAACCUCUCAUAUAAGGUUGCAUAUAAGGUUAACAUUUUGUCUGUAGUUCCAAAUGUUAUGUCAGAAAAGAUAUCGUCUGCAAAAUUUUAAUUGAACGUUGAAGAAACAUCCAACGAAAACCACAAAAAAGUAGGGUUUUGCGCAGUACGUUCUCACGAUGUGUUCAAUGUAUGCACUAGAAUAUUUACAGGGUCCUUACGUCAGCUUCAUUGCAUCAUCCUCGUAAUGUAAAGUCCAGGGUCUAACACAAACAGCGGUACUGUGAUAACCACAGUCGUAAAAGUUUGUCGUAACAGACGACAGCAAAACUACAGGAUCUCAAUAAUGCCUAUCCCUUCCAUUCUUUCUCAGGACUAUAAAGAAGAGUGUAGUUGACCAACUUGUGUAGUGCUCUGUGUAGAGCUAAAUUUUAAUAUGUUGCGCUCUGUAAAUAUUACGUAUACAUGGAUUAGGUUUAUCUCUAUAUUACGGAACUGAGACAAUUUGUAAACACUAGUGGACAACAAACCCUAUCUUACCGUACUGAAAACAAAUGGAGAGUCAAAGAAUUGAUUUUGAUUUCACAAGAUAACUGUACCUUGUCACGAGGAACAAUUAUGUCACAAACAAAGGCAAAACUGUCCAACGCGGUGGAGGAGUUUCAGGAACUGGACCUGAUAUUUAGCACUGGUUCUGAUCUAGAUGUAGUAAAAAGAGGAUACGCAAAUAAGUUGAUUCACGCCAUAUGUAGUCAAAACUAUGUCUUGGAGUGCGAAGCUUUGAAAAGUCUCGGAGAUCUAUACUUGUAUAAAGCAAAGAGAAAUCGUGAUAAAGCAGAGAACUUCAAUAGGGCAAUUUCUUUGUACACAGAACUUUUGAACUACUACAGAAGUAUUGAGGAGAAACAUGUUGCACAACAUCGCAUCAAUUAUGCAGAAAAAUGUACAAAACUGUCAGUUCAAGAGCCAAUGAAUUUGGGGACUGGGAAUUCAGUGACUACCACAUUGGCUGUAUCGAUGACCUUAUAUGAAAUGGAAGAGAAGGCCAAGGAGAAAGGGUAUGGCUUGACUCCUCUAAUUGAAGGUUAUACAGAUUCCUUCAUAAAAGCUAUCGUGGAAAGAAAAAAACGACUGCAAAUAGAAUCGUUGAAAAGUAUCGGAGAUGUGUACCUAGAGAAGGGAAGGGUUGACAAGGACGAGGCAGCGUUAACGAAGUCAGCUGACCUGUACCGAGCGGCGCUGGACCGCUGUGAAGAUUCAGACGGCAGAGAAGCGCUGAGGCACCGCAUCAAGUACGCCGAGAAAGUCAAGGGAAAAGGAGCUAAGGCUAAGAAGCGCCUAGAAACAAAACAUGUUCAGGGUACAAAAGGUGGAAAUGACAGCUUGCACACAGCACCUCCCAGUCUGGCUCAUGAAACCUGUGACGUCAUGGAUAGGAGAAAGCACGAAAGUACAUACCAAGAACACAUGCGUGAGGGCUGCAGGGCCCUGCAGACAGGGCAUCUAGAAAUGGCAGAACAGAGCUUCGCGGCUGCGCUCAAAUCCGUUCAUUUCAAAGAUUCAGAUGCAGAUCAGCAAAGGCAAGAAGCAGAGUCCAUGUGCAAGCUGAGCAAUGUCUACCUUCAGAAAGGAAUUCAGUCCAAAGAUGGAGGUGACUUCACCAAGGCUGCAGCACUCAGUAACGCAGCACUGGUAAGAUCAAAAAACGAAGACAGAGAUGGCAUCAAACAAGAGAUCCAGAAGGUAACCCAGUCGUUUGUUAAGCACGUUCUAGAUAUCGAACAAACAGUACCCUUAGAUGACGUGGAGAGACACAAAUCAAUAUUAUUGGAAUGCAGAGGCUAUGUGGAAAAAGAGAUCAAAAAGAUUGAGCAACAGGUUGAUCCUUACAGCCUUGAUGAUGACGACCUGAAGAUAAGGGAAGUAGAGAAGAUGAGAGUGGAGGCGAUCAAAUCAUUGUUUGACACAAUCGUCUACCAGCGAAAAGCAUUCAUAUCUCACCUUGUAGAUGAAUGCAUAGAGGUAAUGGGCCCCCCUCCCUGCAAGUAUGCCAUGAUAGGCCUUGGUUCACACGCCACAGGUUUGGUAACACCAUACUCCGAUCUGGAGUUUGCCAUUUUGAUAGAGAAUGAGAUCAACAACAUUGUGGAAUAUUUUCAAAAUCUAACACACUACCUGCAUCUAAAAGUGAUCAAUCUAGGUGAAACCAUCCUCCCGGCCAUGGCAAUCAAGUCUCUCAAUGACUUUAAGUCAGAUAACAAGUUAGACAACUGGUUCUACGACUCUGUAACACCACGUGGGUUCUCUUUUGAUGGAGCUAUGCCACAUGCAUGUAAAACCCCACUAGGCAGGGGUAAAACAUGUCUCCUUAUCCACACACCUCGUGAAAUGACCAAAGUUCUAGAGGAUGACAUUACGCUUUACCUCAAAGAAGGCUACCACCUAGCAAGUGUCUUGGGUAAUGUUUCAUUGAUUACCGGAGAACAAGACCUGGUUGAUGAGUACAUGGCAUUGUGGGAUCAACGACUUAAAGAUAGUGAUAAGGAACUGGUCAGUCUUGUAGCAGAAGAUAUGUUGAAAGAAAAUAGUGAAAAAUUUCACAAACAGGGUCUGACGGGCAGAAUGCUAGAUGUAAAGAAAGAAAUCUACCGAUUUUCAAGCCUUGCAGUGUCUUGCUGGGCACUACUUUUUGACAUACAGCCGACAACAAUGUGGGAGACAAUCCAAAAGAUGCGCAAGAACGGAGCUAUCAGUGCUGAGAAUGCGCAUCACUUGAUGGUGCUGGUCAGCAUCUCAGCAGAACUGAGGCUUAGGACAUACAUGAACAAUGGGGGUCAAGUGGAAAACAUGUCAGCUUUAUCGUCAUGGGCAACCAUUUCUGACAUCGGGGAACUAUCAAAUAAAGUGUUCUACAUCUCAAAUUCCAAGCAACUCAUGAGGUACUACUAUACGGCAAUACCACUAAAGCGCCUUGUUUCACAGUUUCGUAACAGGCAACCACUACCUACAGAAGGGCCAUCAAUUCUAUUUGACAAGUCCUCAAAAGUACAAGCAGAAAUAUAUCUAAGCCUGUGUGACUACCACAGCUCGAAACAAUGCACGAAACAAGCACUUCAGACAGAGCUAUGUCGACACGGACCCAGCGCCAUCCAUCCUGACAUCGCCGACUUACUUAAGAAACUGGGUAACGCCUGUAUCUACCUCGGCGAUUACCAAGAAUGCUUAGAAUACUAUGAGCAAUUCCUACAGAUGUUGCGGGGUAUCCAUGGUAAGAGCACUGCACACCGUGACAUAACCGCUGCGCUUCAUAACCUGGGUAACGUCUGGAAUGACAUUGGUGACCACAUGAAAGGCCUCAGCUAUCACAAACAGUCAUUGCAUAUGACACAGAGUAUCUAUGGCAAGGACACUGCACAUCCUGACGCCGCCUACUCACUUAAUAGCUUGGGUACCACUUGGAGGGAGCUUGGUGAUCACGGAAAGGCCCUCAGUUAUUGUGAACACUCACUAGAGAUGAUGCGAACUAUCUAUGGCAAGAGCAAUGCACAUCCUGAUAUCGCCCACUUACUUACAAACGUGGGUGACGCUUGGAGUGACCUUGGUGACCACAAAAAGGCCCUCAGAUAUUAUGAACAGUCACUACUGAUGAGGCUGAGUAUUUAUGGUGAGUGCACUGUGCAUCCUGAAAUCGCUGCCUCGCUUAUCAGCAUGGGUAGUGCAUUUGAUACCCUUGGUGAACACAGAAAAGCCGUCAACUGUUAUGAACAGUCAUUACAGAUUAUGUGGAAGAUCUAUGGUAAGAGCACUGCACACCCUGUUAUCGCCCAGUCGCUUAACAGCUUAGGUAUUGCCUUGAAAAAUCUUGGUGAUAACAGAAAGGCUGUCAGCUGUAUUGAACAGUCUCUAAGCAUGAGGCGGAGAAUCUAUGGUAGGGGGACUGCACAUAGAGAGAUCGCCCAGUCACUUACCAGCUUGGGUGCCGCCUGUUAUGGCCUCGGUGAGUACACAAAAGCUGUGGGCUAUUAUGAACAAUCGCUACUGAUGAAGCGAAGUAUCUAUGGUAAGGCUACGGCACAUCCCAGUAUUGUCGCGUCACUCAACAACUUGGGUAACGCCUGGAAUGAACUGAGAGAUCACAGAAAGGCUGUCAGUUACCAUGAACAGUCCCUGCACAUGAUGCGGAGUAUCCAUGGUGAGGAAAAAGCUCACCCUGUUUUCUCCGACAUACUUAACAACUUAGGUUGCAGCUGGAGUUACCUUGGUGAUCAUGAAAAGGCGUUCAACUAUCAUGAAAAAUCACUACACAUGAGGUGGAGUAUCUAUGGUCAGGGCAGUAAACACCCAGAUAUCGCCACGUCACUUAACAACUUGGGCAACGACUUAAGGCGCCUUGGUGAUCACAGAAAAGCCGUCUACUAUUAUGAGCAGUCACUACAGAUGAGGCAGAGAGUCUAUGAUGACAGCAAGGCACAUCCUGACAUUGCACAGUCAUUGGACAACUUAGGUUACGCUUGGAGUGACCUUGGUGAGCACCGAAAGGCCGUCACAUAUCAUGAACAGGCACUAGAGGUAAACAGGAGUAUCUAUGGUAUGAUGCAUCCUUCCAUCGCCGUGUCACUUAGCAGCUUGGGUAACACAUGGAGUGACCUUGGCGAUCACAUAAAAGCUGUUAACUACUAUGAAAACGCACUAGCUAUGAGACUUAGUUUGAAUGGUGAACAAACUGCAAAUCCCGACAUAAUGCUGUUAUUUCUCCAGUUGGGUAACACAUGGAGGAAGCUGGGUGAUCGCAGAAAGGCAAGAAUCUGUAUGGUUAGGGCGUCCCUGAUGUGGGAUAAGAGUUUAUAUUCAGAUUAUGGCAAUCCUAUUACCUUUGAAGAACUUUGAAUAUACAUAUAACUCAUAUAAAUCCGUCCAUAAAUAUCUCAAAAAGAAAGAGAACAAACUUGGAAGCAUACAUAUAACAUAGUCUUUCCAUUCUUUACAUGUGGUUAACGUACAAUUCUAGCCCCAUUAAAUGCAAUAAACUCCAUUGUCAUUGCCGAUAAUUUUAUGAAAAGAUGGGGAAUUCCAGAAGCUGAAAUCGGCAAUUGUAACCAUUGUUAAUUAGUAUAUCUCUUCUUUGAUGUCGAUCCCAGGAAUACAAAGAGUUGCACAACUGUUACUAGCAUUGUUAUCUAGUACAAUAUCUAGUAGCACAAUUGUUACUAGCAUUGUUAUCUAGUACAAUAUCUAGUGGCGCAAUUGUUACUAGCACUGUUAUCUAGUACAAUAUCUAGUGGCACAAUUGUUACUAGCACUGUUAUCUAGUACAAUAUCUAGUGGCACAAUUGUUACUAGCACUGUUAUCUAGUAAAACAUCUAGUGACACAAUUGUUACUAGCACUGUUAUCUAGUAAAACAUCUAGUGACACAAUUGUUACUAGUACUGUUAUCUAGUACAAUAUCUAGUGGCGCAAUUGUUACUAGCACUGUUAUCUAGUACAAUAUCUAGUGGCACAAUUGUUACUAGCACUGUUAUCUAGUAAAACAUCUAGUGACACAAUUGUUACUAGUACUGUUAUCUAGUACAAUAUCUAGUGGCGCAAUUGUUACUAGCACUGUUAUCUAGUUACAAUAUCUAGUGGCACGAUUGUUACUAGCACUGUUAUCUAGUACAAUAUCUAGUGGCACAAUUGUUACCAUUACUGAUAUCUAGUACAUUAUCUAGUGGCACAAUUGUUACUAGCACUGUUUGUCAUGACAUUAGCUCAAGCAAAUCACCGAAAGCUGGAAAACUUGGCCCUAAGUUCUAUCUUUUCCAAGAUUUCAUCUCUUUUCUUUAUUCAUAUUGAGACUUGGUGUGCUUA